AUGGUUUUUCUAACACCUAAAAUCAUGCAGAGAACCGCACUCUUUGUGACGUUCGGGGGUUUUGUCACAUCUCUGAUCACGACCUUUCUCCCAUUCUGGAAGACGAUGAACUCGGACCUGAACGAGGUGGAGAACUGGUUCUCUGGACUGUGGCACAUGUGCCUCUACACAGAGGAGGUGGGAAUUCAGUGCAAAGCCUACGACUCCAUCAUGGCACUUCCGAUGGACCUGCAGAUCUCCAGGGUGCUCAUGUCGGUGUCCAUAGGCACGGGAGGCUUAGCUCUGGUGGCUGUCCUCCCAGGACUGGAGGGGGUGGAUGUGUGCCUGGGGCAGCCUGGCCUGAAGAGGCGGCUCCUCAUCCUGGGCGGGGUGCUGUCCUGGGUGUCAGGGCUGACCACUCUGGCCCCCGUCUCUAUCGUGGCCUACACAACUGUGGUGGAGUUCUGGGACGAGGGUUUUCCAGAUGUGAUGCCACGCUGGGAGUAUGGAGAGGCGAUGUUCUCCGGGUGGUUUGGAGGUUUGGCUCUGGUCAUCGGAGGGACUCUCUUCUUCAUCGCUGUGUGCAUGUCAGACUUCGACCAGAGGCCGCCGAGCGUGCCGGGCAGCCCGCAGGUGAAGCGGAGGACGAAGCACUACCUGAAGACGGAGGUGUUAUAGAGCAGACGGAGGCCUGAAACACUCCUGUGACUCUAUUUCUGUGACAAGACUCUGAGAUUAUAUGAAUACAGUUCAUCUUUUAUAAGUCAAACUGUUCUCUGAUUAUGGUUAACAGAAAGAUUAUUUUCACAAACUGUUGAAGUAAUGUGAGAUUUAACCAGCUGUAGUAGUUUUUAAUUCUCCACAGAGGACAGAUGGACCGGGAGGUUUUAUUUUCCAGUAAACACGCGACU